CUAUAAAAGGUGAAGGUGGCUGGACAAGGGAGCAUUGCGUCUACUGGCGACACCGAAGCUUGGAGGACAGAAAUCUGUCUGCAAGUCGCAAAUAUUAUCUUUGUCUACCUGACUCUACCUGAGCGCAUAAACAACAAAAGAAGCACAAUGGGCAAAGGUCUCCAUGUGGUGCUGUUGGCCAUCGUCCUCACCUGUACCUCAGCAGAAGACGCCGACGACAAGGGUGCGACAGUGUCGGAAACUGUGACUAUUGCACCUCCAGGAGAGGAGCAGGUGGAGGAAAAAAUAGAUACAGAGAAGAGAUCCAGCGACAAUAACUUCUGCUUUGUUCAAGGAGUCAUGUACAACCAUGGCGACAUCUUUACCGGCCACAACCCCUGCAUCAAAUAUCGUUGUGAAUUUGGAGUUCACAGGGUGGUACAAGAUGGAUGUAAUUUUCGACAGCAUCACACCUGCAUCCCAGUCAACGCUGAAACUGAAAUCAACUGCGUGACCUACCGCUGCACCAGGAGGACGGACAACAACUUCUACUUCUAUAAAAUUGAUCCCAUCUACUCAGCUAAGUGCAAGGAUUACUAUGGACGCUGUAGACGACCUGGGGAGGUCUUCCCCUACGCACUGGGCGGCCGUCUCUACCGCAACUGUGUUUGCCGCCCACUCGGCCCUCUGAAUAUUCAGUACGAGUGUCACAGCAGUUGAGCAAGAACGUCACAUCCAUGAUGUCACACGUCCAACUUCUUCGCUUCAAACUGGACGAUGUUGAACCAAUGCGUCACACCUCAAGACAUCAUGCAGCCCUCAAGACUAGGAGCAUAUACGUUUACAAAAAUUUCAUGGAAUUUUCUAUUUUCUGGGUAUUGACGAUAAGUGCAGACAUCGGUGUUCGGGGUGUUGAUGUCACGUGGGUUGGUAGGUUUUAUUUUGAGUUCUGUAGCAUGUUGUUGACUUUAUCAAUGCCAAAACAGAAGAUAGUCAUUGAUUAAUCUAAUAAAGAGGACUAUUUAUGCAAAACAUUGAUGUCAGUGACAAGAGUCGUUUCAGACUGCUAGUGGUACUUGAUGUGUACACCCUCGCCCCCGUCGUCAGCAAUAACACAUCAUUAGAUGUAACAGAUCACGUGAGGUUAUCUAGCAACGUGAACGAGCUAAGAAGCUUUAUAAAGUAUAUAACUAUACUAAUUAUACACGGUAGUCGGACAAAAAUAUAUAUGUUCAAAUCUUAGUUUUUUUACAAAUAAAAUUGCAGAACUCAUCA